AUGGGUCGAACUUCGAAAUUCUCCUUUCCUUUGCCGGGAAGGAGGCACGCGGCAGUCAAAGAAAUCAUCCCCACCCCUUUCGCGCCAUCGAGCAAUGCUGGACCGAGUCUGUCGAAAGCGCAGCGUGUGCUUGGAACAGGUGAUCUCAAUAUCGGAUCACCGAUUAAGGAGGAGGAAGUUUCUUGGAAAUGCCCGCCAUCUCGAUCAAGCCGUAUCAGUAUUUCCAUUUCCGAAUCCACAAACGACAAUGAAAGCGUACACGAAUCGUUCGCUGAGCGGUGGGAGAACGAAUCGGGCAUCUAUCCAAAGGGGAAAAGGUUGCACGGAAAGGCUUCGUCAACUUUGCUUGGGCAGACCUACCAUGCUGAGAGCAAUGCAACUGCGUCAAGUGUGGGGAGACGACUACAGCACGAAGACUCAUCCUCAACCAUGAAAUCCCAUUAUGAUCGCCAAAAAUCUCCACUUUCCAUUUCUCAGCAAACGUCUGCGUCGUCUACACGAGAUGCCGCGUUGCGGAAGGGUUUUCCUCCAGUGAUACAACGAAGCCCGCUCUUACAAGUUGAAGCUUCGAUCGAUCCCUACGAGGUUCAGUUCACACAAGUUGUUAGACCUGCGACGAAGGGUAGCGACCGGGGUAUGGACAAGGCCACAGGGAAAAGGAAUCGACGAAAGAAACCUGUAAAGCUCCAGCUGGAUUUAUCGCUUCUAUUUCCAAGGCCUAGACGGCACGGUGGUAAGUCUCCAGACAGUGCGUCCUCGAUGCUGUCGACAUCUUCGAUGUCUACGAACGCUUCACACACGCCAAGUGAACCGGCUCGCUCGAAAAAGCUCUCGAAAUCAAAGACGAAAUCAAAAGAGUCCUUUCAGUCGCAAGGUAUGAGUAUCCGGACGAAUGAUACUCGUGGUUCCGAGUCACAGCGUCAAGCGACAUCGAAUCUGUAUAAUCUUCAUGAUCAUUACGAGCAGGGAAUUGCCAGCCCAAGAAUGUCACAGAUUCCCGAAUCGAGAGUCCCAAGCAAUCGUGCAGCGUCUCAGCGUAAUAAAGAAGAUAUUAUGCUCUUCAGACACGACUCGUCCGCGACCAGACUGACGAUACACAGCAAGAAACCUAGCAUUGGGACGAACCCGGGGACGCCUGGAAGAGAGCCUUUCUCAUGGAAGAACGUCCGGUCCAGUCUGGCACCCCAGGGGCGGGACGUUCCCGCCAUGCCAUUCCCACAAAGGACGGCUGCCAAACCUGCCAGCAUCACUAGCCGGGCAUCGAAGACGUCAAAAACAUCUCGCCACACGAGCGCUAGUGGCAUUUCGAACUCUGACCUACAAUUGAAGAGUGUGUUAUCUUUAUCAUCCGAUUCCGAGGAGGAUAAUUGGGAGCAAGAUGAUGCAAUGAGAAAUGCAGGUAUGUCAAAUGGAGGCUCUGGCUGGGGACAAUCUAAGGGGCUUUCUCAUGGGAUGAGGGAAAGGACAAGGGAGGAUCGGUCAUAUCAACUACCACCCACUGGAGGAUUGUCACCUAGGAGUCAAGCCUCUGAGAGGCCUUCGGGUUCUUUCACCGUUCAAGGGGCCGCCCAUCUUGCAGUUCCAGGGAACUACUCGGCGCCAUUAUCACCUCCUUGGACGGAGCCGAGGGAAGACUCGUCCGGAUCAUCUCUGAAUUACCAAACCCAUCGGAAGAAGCCGUCUCAGCCUAAAGAGAAGAAGAGUUCAAAGAAGUCUUCCUCACUGGCAUCAGUACGAUCUUCUCAUCCCCAGCAACCGACGCCUCCCCUGUCACCGACAUCUAUGGAUCUAGGAGAAAUCUCGGAGCGAGCUAGUAGAUUCAUGGCGGUGACGAGGCAAGAAGAGGCUCUUCUAGAAGCAUUACGAAUGAAAAGAGCACGGAUGAAGGAGAAAAUUAUCGAGGAGCACGAGAUUCGCAAAUCUCCGCCUAGAUCACAUGGAAGGGCAAAUGAUGGGUAUUUAGAGCCAUCUUCUCUAAAUACUCCUCAUAGCCUACCUGAUGAGCGGCAAAGAAUUUUGCGGUAUCUCGACUCGCCUCAACCGAAACCUCGGAGACCCGCUGAGCCAUUACCCGAACUCAAUGAUUUCCUCAACUUUGGGUCUAACGAUAGCACGCCGAGGGCAAGCUUUGCCGCGCCCAUGGCAAAAGUGAGAGCGGAAACAACGCCCCGUAUCAGGAAUCAUAAUGCUCCUCGCACUCCGCCAUCAUCGGUACGAUUGAGCGCUGUUGGUGUGGAAGACUUCAAUACACGUCAACCAGAAAACAGACGCAAGAAGCGUAGCAACGAGGGUGUACGAUUUGCGGAAGAUACGAAACCCCAGUCUCACCAAGGUUACUUGGUUGAUGAAGAGACGGAGUUCAUGUACAGUUACUAA